AUGGCAUCUGAAACUCAAUGCGGCACAUAUGAGGUUCCUGUGGCACCCACUCCUACAAAUGAGGCUCCUCAAAUGGCGGCAACGGACACCAAUGUUGCUGCCUCAAAUCUCCCUCCCAUAGAAGCAGAAGGUGAAACCAUUGGAAAGGUGGUGGAGUCAUUGUUGCUUAGUUGGGGCAUUGAUAAAAUUUUCACCCUCACAGUUGACAAUGCAGCCUCUAACAGUGGGACCAUAACCUACUUGGAUAAGAUAACUAAAGAGUGGGGUGCUUCUAUCUUGGGUGGUGAGUUUAUGCACAUGAGAUGUUGUGCACACAUUGUGAACCUUAUUGUGAUGGAAGGUUUGAAAAGCCAUCAUGAGUCAAUUGUCAAAGUCCGUAAUGCGGUAAGGAUAACUAAAGAGUGGGGUGCUUCUAUCUUGGGUGGUGAGUUUAUGCACAUGAGAUGUUGUGCACACAUUGUGAACCUUAUUGUGAUGGAAGGUUUGAAAAGCCUUCAUGAGUCAAUUGUCAAAGUCCGUAAUGCGGUAAGUUCUCUAUAUGUCACAUCUAAUGUAUUUUUUCAUGAACUUUGUGUGAUGAAGACUGAAUUGAUAAACUUGUGUGAAAGUGAAGAUCCUCUUUUGAGUAUGAUGGCAAGGGAUAUGCAUGAGAAAUUUGAUAAGUAUUGGGGGGACAUUGAGAAACUUAAUUUGAUGAAGUUUGUUGCUAUUAAUUGGUUAAGAGCUAUUGAUAUAAUUGAUCUUCAAGAAUCAAUGGAAGAAGUUGAAUCCUAUGAGGGUUUUGAGUCAGAGUUUGCAUCUCAAAGCACCAUAACAGUGGAAAAGGAAGAUUAG